AUGAGAAAAUCCAUCAAUGAAUUCAGUUCGAAUACUAGCCUCCAUAUUAAUUAUAAGCCCCAUCAUGCCUUUGAACCUCUUUUCAAACCAAAUUCUUCUGCAAAUUUGGCCUUCAAAAGCCACAAGAAUUGUAAGCUAAGAGUCCAAUGUCUCAACAACACAAGUCUAGUGGCAAAGAGUGGCAAAAUUAAAAGGAUCUGGGUUGUUCGGAGCAGUGUUGAACCAGGACCUCCAACACCUUCUGGCCCUCCUUUUGAUCCUUUAAAUUGGAUCUUGGGGAUAAUCAUAUCAGUAGUGAUACCCUUCAUCGGCCAAAAAUGGGCACCCGUAAAAAAUAAAAUUGAUGCAGCAUUGAAUAAGGUGGAAUAUGUGGUGGAGGCUGUCGAAAAGGUGGCGGGGAAAGUGGAGAAAGUGGCAGAGGACAUCGCCGAUGAUCUUCCGGCCGGCGGAGAAUUAAGAAAGGUUGUGGAUUUUGUUGAAAGGGUAGCUGAGAGAGUAGCUAAGGAUGCUGGCUUAAUGGAUGAUUUUAUUGAUGAGGUUCAGGAAAAGGAGGAAAAGUUGGAAUCCCUUGUUCAAUCUCUUGAAGAGAAAGAGAGAGAGGAAGAGAAAGAGAAGGAGAAGGAUAAAGAUAAAGAGCCUACCCAAAAAGCUGACGAAACUGAGGAAAAAGUGAAUUGA